GGCCAUGGCAGGUGAGGACCAACCGUGGCAGGGCAGCAUCCUCUACAAUCUACUGAUGAGCGCCAAACAGCAGCACGAGGCUCCGAAAGAGCCCAAUGCGUGCUUGGGGGCUCAGUGCUGGGGUUGCCCCUGCGGCUCUCAGCCCGGCAGGCAAGCCAUGGCCCUCCUGUACCGCUGCUGCUUUUGCGGGAAGAACCACCCUCACAAGGGCAGCAUCCUCUACUCUAUGCUCACCAGCGGCAAGCAGCCAAGCGCGGUGACAGAGGCUCCCAGGGCUCAGUGCUGGGGCUGCGCCUGUGGCAGCGCUGAGCCCCUAGUGGCCAGAGAGGGGCCGCCGGCUGGCCCGGCCCCCUCGCUCCUGUACCUGUGCUGCUUCUGCGGAGAAGAACACCCAAGGCAGGGCAGCAUCUUGUACAGCUUGCUCACUAGCGCCAAGCAGACGCACGUGUCUCCGGAAGCACCAGAGGCAGGUCGCAGAGGAGAGUGGUGGCAGCUGUCCUACUGUACGCAGAGUGUGAGUGGCCCAGAGGGGCUGCAGCGCUCACAAGCCAUGGCGUUCCUGUACCGCAGCUAUGUGUGCGCUGAAGAGCAGCCCCAGCAGAGCAGCAUUGCCUCUGGCACGACCGCGAGGGCGGAGCAAACAUCCUCGACUUCGCAAGAGCAGCCUAGGGCCCUUUGGUGGGACGCCUCAUCUGGCAUGCAGCUUCCGAUGGCACUCAAGGAUCCACAGGUGGUGUAUGAGGCAGCAUCAGCUGGCCUGUUGAAGACGCUGCGCUUCGUCAAAUAUUUGCCCUGCUUCCAGAUCCUACCUCUGGAUCAGCAGCUGGUACUGGUGCGGAGCUGUUGGGCGCCCCUACUCAUGCUUGAGUUGGCCCAAGAUCACCUGCACUUCGAGAUGUUGGAGAUCUCUGAGCCCAGUGUGAUGCAGGAAAUGCUCACCACCAGGCGGCAGGAGACUGGGAGCCCGGAGCCCUCAGAUCUCCCGAGCACAGAGCAGCCACAGAUGGUGUCCUCAGAGGCUGGGUACUUGCCCUUGGCCGCUGCUGUCCAGGCCAUAAAGAGCUUCUUUAUCAAGUGCUGGAGUCUCAACAUUGACACCAAGGAGUACGCCUAUCUGAAGGGGACCGUGCUCUUUAACCCAGACCUGCCUGGGCUGCAGUGCGUGAAAUACAUCCAGGGCCUUCAGUGGAGAACUCAGCAGAUCCUCACUGAGCACAUCAGAAUGAUGCAGAGAGAGUACCAGCUCAGAUCCACUGAGCUGAAUAGUGCUCUUUUCCUGCUGAGAUACAUCAAUACUGAAGUCAUCACUGAACUCUUUUUCCGGCCCAUCAUUGGUGCAGUCAGCAUGGAUGAUAUGAUGCUGGAGAUGCUCUGUGCAAAGUUAUGAAGGGCAUGUGGCCAACUCAAGUGCAUUUUACCAUAGAAGAAGGAGAAAAUGUUAGCUGUAGGCAGAAGAGCGCUAAAUAUUGUGAAAGCAAACUUUCUUGUAUUUUUACAUGCAUAGUAUAUUUGUAUUCAAUUGAAGAAAUACUUUAGUUACAGAAAAUGUAAAGACCCCUCUGAUCCAUACUGGUUUCUUGUAAAGGAACACAUUUGCUAACGAAUAACAUAUCUCCAUGCAUCGUUAAUAACGUGGUACUAUGCUAACAAACUAAUUUCACAAAUAUAACUUCUUUUACCACUGACCCU